GCAUCCGUAUAGUUCGUGACAGGGUCUCCGCGGAGUCUUGAUUGAUUGGAGUUGCAGUCGCGGCAACACCAAGGAUCACUCCCAACCAACGGAAUCGACACACGGACCGUGCUGUCAACUGAUUACUUGGACAUGGAAGAUUCCAGACAAAAGGCCAGUAAUGGAGACCAAACGACUAGACGACACAAAAACAGCAAAGAAAAAAGACCGAACCACUGCCUUUUCCAAACCGCAAACGAGUCGCUGGAAACUAUGCCGUCGGAAACCUUACGCUACCUACUCGCACUAUGGAUUGUCUCACUGUCCGUGAUGUCCAUAGGAUUCAUUCUUUCCGGUCCACGCGCUUCUCCACUACCACGAGGGUAUUUCCUGGUCGACAACACGAGUGACUCUCUAGUAGCGGCGGCGGCAGCAGCAGCAGUGUACUUGCCUCGUCCAGUUGGCUGGUGGGGUUUUCCCAGCACUUCCAUUUCCCAGCAACCAAGGUUCCUACGCGGCUCCGACGCGACGUCACGCCGGGAGUCCGAUACGUUGGCGCACGAAUUUUGGAUGUAUACCAACACAAAUACCGAGCAUAUCUUGACGCAUACGUCCGGAAACUCCCGGCAUCCAACCUCCCAAGUCACGGCUGUACCGCAAUCGGAACGGGACCACAACGACCCGCAGACUGUUUGGUUGAAAGCUGACGAGGUGUCUGAAAAAACUCUCUUCGUAUGCCGUGAGAUACGUGACGAAACGAAUCGUUUCACGGUCGCCACUCCACGACGGCUCGCUAUUCAAGACGACCGCGGCGCCUCAAGCAAUACCGCCGAGUCGGAGGAGUCCUUGCGUCCCGUUGGGAAAAACCCAACGUUAAUUCCAGAGCCAAGCACCGAUAAUGACGCCACACCUCCGACAGAAUCCACGACUCCUUCGCAGGCAAACACAUCGCGAGAUAGUCGAUUUUGGAACCUUGUCGUGGUCGCGAUGUUUCUGGCGUUGGCGGCAAUCAUUGUGAUCUCGGCCGUCGUCCUUCGAUUUUGCAAUAGGAAACAGGGCAAGACGUCCAAGGGACGCCGGGAGACCCACGCCGCAGCCACAGAGGCAGAUCUUUCAAAAAUUGCUCGCAUUCAGGCCACUGCACUGCCACCUCCAGUGAAUGUUAUCUCUUCCCGAAAUUCACAAAUUCUCGACGACGACGAUUGGUCUUUGUCGCGAAUAUCCACGAUGACAGCCAGUCUUGUAGACCUCGACGGUACGUUGGAAGAGCGCUUGGCAGAAUACCUUCAGCAACAGCGGAUCGCUGAAGGUGAAGCAGAAAUUACGGCGACAAUCAUCGAAGAUUUAGAUGGGCAUGGCGUAUCUCGCGCCAAUACCAGCGACUCCGUUUCAACUCGAGGGCAUGUCUCGAGCGCGCUAUCGUAUCGCAGUACAUCGCCGGACUGGAGUGACGUAGACGAAAUUGAUUCAAAAAGCGUAGAGAGUGGCGACAUCGAAAGUGGUACACCUCAUUUGCGUGGGGAAGUGUUUAUGGAUACCCACGCGACACCCAAGAUGAGCAAUUUAACUACCCUCAACUCGUCGACGGAUAGCGAUAUCUAUACUUUGGAAGAGCGCGAUGACGACGAUGGAGACGAGAACGACUCACUGGAGUGGCGUGAAUUGGUUGACGAUAAGCAAAAGAUAUUAGAAAAGGUGGUGGCGAGUAUUCCUAGUGAGGAUCGGUUCAUCCGGCCUGUGUCACGUGGACCCCUCGAACCUGAGGACAAUCAUUUUGUACGGGACGUUUAUUUCGUCCCGAUAGUAACGACUGGUACGAGUCUCGGACUGGACGUUUUGGACGCGUCCUGUGAAGUGACGCAUCCUAUUGUAUCCAGUAUCCACGAGCAGAGCCCCCUGACGGACCGCGUCUUUGAGGGAGACAUCCUGCUGGCCGUUAACGAAUCCGAAACCGCAGGAUGGACGAAUACAAAGCUAUCGACUUGGAUGGCACAUCACUCAAAGACCUCUGCAGCCAUUAAGUUGACGAUUAUGAGCUCGCACACUGCUGGCGUGAAUGUCUCAGCUGCUUCUGCCGCCUCUCUGCGGUUCGAGUUGUCAUCUUAG